AUGGCGUCGCACACGUUUCUGGUAAGAAGUUUCACAUCUGUUGUGGGAGUUCUGCUGUUGGCAUCGCAGCAACUGGUGAAGUGCGACCUGCUUACACAGAGCGACAUGGACCAGAUAGCACACGAAAUGCGACAUAUUUGCCUCGCCAAGCAUAAUAUUACGGAAGAAAUGGCCAACUUUCCUAGUCGGGGUAUUUUUCCCGACGACAGAGAGUUCAAGUGCUAUAUCGGUUGUCUUAUGGAUCUUACAAAUACGGCCAAAAAUGGGAAAUUUAGCUACGAAGCGGCCAUUCGGCAAAUAAACGUGCUUCCGUCCGAGUACAAGGAACCGUUCCGGCACGGAGUCGAAAUCUGUCGCAACGCAGCCAACGGAAUUGACGAUAAAUGCGAGAUAGCCUAUGCGCUGCUGAAGUGCUUUUUUGCCGCGAGCCCUAAAUUCUAUUUCCCAUAAGCGUACGAUAGUGUUUUGCAACAUUUUAGAGUCAUUGGGGCAGUUUCAAUAAACAACACACGAGCACUGCUACAUUAUUUAAAAAAGAAAAAUCUGAAAAGAAUUUCGGAUGAUUUAGAAAAACAAAAUAAGUUUUACAU